AAGAAAUUUUGUUAAGGGACGUUUAGUCUUGAAAUCACCUGUGGAUAUCACUCACUUUAGACAAAAAAUAUUAUCAUUUCGCAUAUGCAGUGCGAUUUUACGAUUUCGAUGAAAGGAAUAUCCUCCUAGGUAUCUAGUGGAUUGAAGAAAGAACUUAGAAAUCUACAAAGCACCUUCCUCAAUUUUUAACCGAUAUUCCUACAAGAGAAAAGUUAAAUUUAAACAUGUGUGCCCUGGUAAACACUCAAAGGGCUUCUUCUAAGAAAGCAAAAGCCAAAAUAUUCGAAUAUUUCUGUAAAGACUUAUCAAACACGCUUGAACGUGUUUCUAACUCUUCGGGUACAUCAGAUGUUAUUUUUGUUGUUGGACGAAACAUUUAUCAUGGACACCAAAAAACGCUAUCUGUAUUCAGUGAAAAAUUAAAAAGAUGCUUUCAGUUAGAGAAUGGGGAGACUGACUACACCCAUAACAAUGAUUGUUUAAUUAAAGUGACCCGUUCUGAAUCCUCCAAUUCCCUGAAAAUAUUUAUUGAUGCACCUGUUGAUGCUUUUGAAGCAGUAUUGAACUACAUGUCAACACUGAAGUUAACUGUACCUGAGGAACUAAUGCCAGCCGUUUAUUAUAUAUCAAAAGGUCUACAGAUUCCUACUUUGCAAAAAAUAUGCACUGAAUUUUUGAUAAACAAUUUAUCAAUUAACUUUGUUGGAGUUCUUUGUCGUUUUGUUCAAUUCAAUGGACUUUAUACAAAGAGUAAUGAAUACGCGAAUAAUAGUGAUGAACUUUGCCUAUCUGAAAUAUGCUUAGCCAAAUCCCUGCAUCACUAUCUGUUAACAGAAGCGGAUAAAAUAGCCUGUUCUCAAACAGGUAUUCUCAGUGCUCGUCUUAUAGUCAAUCUUACGGGGAAUUUUAAUUCAUCAGAAGAUCAAGCCAAGUGUCAAGAACCGUCUAGUGAAUAUCUGGCCUUUGGUGUUUUACGUUGGGCAUUUGAAAGACUAUUGACGGGUGAGAGGCUGGCAAGAGCUGGAAGUGAUGAUAAUGUCUAUUCAGAUGAUGAAGAAAGUGAUGGGAAUAGUAGCAGUCAUGCCGGGGAGAGCAGUAGUACAUCACAGCGUAAACGUGCUGGUAGUCAUUUCCAGUUUUUGGCUCAAAAAAAUUUGCUCAGUGGGUCUCGUUCAAAGAAUGGUGGUUGCGGUGGUGUUGGUGGUGGUAUGUCAACGCCUCAAGAUGAUUUCAUCUCUGAUGAAGAUGAUGCUGAUGCAGAAGUGGAAGUGGAAGAGCGUGCCUGUAUUUCAAAUAAUCUGGAUCCAUUACGGUUUUUCAGUACACAAGAUAUACGCAUUUCUUUGGAUAUAAAUGAUUUGCUUUUGGGUAAAGAGGAAAAUUGCAGAAGCAAAGUUGGGUCACAGGAUAUCAAUGGCUGUCAGGGUAAAAAUAGUUUGUUAACUGUUUGUCUAACAACUGGAAGUCAAGCAUCUGAAACAUGUCUAUUGGCACCAACAACUCUUGGAGUCAGUUCGACAACGAUUUGGUUAGGCAAAUUAGCCGGUUAUCUAGUCAGUCUGUCGAUAAAACGAUGUCAUCCUGCCUAUCGAUCUAUUCAACAAUUGGAUGAAGAAUUAAUGCUUGAAGUGAAUCAAUCACGAAGUCGUCAUCAAAGUCGUGGUUCUUCUCUGCCUAAUAAUAAUACUGCUACUACUGCUAUUACUACUAGUAUGCCGUGUGGAUUGAAUAAUUGUGUUGAAAAUGGAUUCAAUGUGACAAAUGGGAAUGGUGGUGGGAAUGUUGGACACUUGGAGUCACCAACUCAUUCAUGCCUCCCCGCGAAAAUGGAGAGUGACGAUGAAGUCUGUCAAACAAUGACUGCCAACUCUGCUUUACACUUGGCACGUGCUGCUGCUGUCGCCUCUGUACAUGAAUCAUUCAGUGGACAGAUUUACCAGAGUGAAUUGUUGUGCUGUGGUGGUCUUUGCAGCGGCGGCGGCAGCAUCGGUGGCAGUAGCACCAGCACUGAUGGCGCAGCUAUGGAUACACCUAUGCGUAUGUUAGAAGCUCGAUCAGGUUUCGGUGUUGGACACUUGACCUGUGGUGAUUCUAAGCAUCAUCAUAUUGUCAUUGUCGGCGGUUAUACACGUAAAGGCUGUUUAGACAGUGUGGAGAUGUUCACUGAAAACAACAAUAAUUCAAGUGAAUUAUGCAGUGAUGAAGAUUGUCCUGUACACCCACCUGUUGCUGGUCCACGGUUGACAAAACAAAGAGGACGAUUAGCUGUUGUCUCGAGUUAUUUACAGUCAUAUUCCAAUUCUCCUGAUGUAAUAUAUGCCUGUGGCGGUUCUACUGGUUCUAAGGAUUUAGCUUCUGUAGAUCGACUAACUUCUGAAUCUCUAAAAUCAUGGUUUGCCAAUCAUGAAACAACCAAAAAUGGUCAUUCUGAUAUUAACACUGUUGAAUACACAAAUGGCUCCAGCAAAAGUACAGAUACUCGUUUACGAACUGAUUCACUAGUGCACAGCAACGGUGGUGGUGGUACAUCAACAAAUGGAUCCGCUAUAGCAAAUAUUUCAUUUUGGCAGCCUAUCAAAAGUUUACACGAGGCUCGUACUAAUCCAGUCGCUGUAGAUUUAAGUUACCUGCAUCAAGGUCCACUUAUAUCGAAUUCAAAAGGAUCUAUUCUUGUUGCUGGCGGUGUAUGCGGCGCGCAAUAUCUGUCUUCAGUUGAAGCGUAUAUUCCCGACAGAGAUGAAUGGGUUUAUAUGCCGUCUAUGUUACAAGGUCGACGUGAAGCAUGUGCCGGUGUUUUAACUGCACGAAAUCUGAUUGUUGUUAUCGGUGGUGUAAUAAAUACAAACAGUGCGUAUAGAAGUAGUCCAAAUAUCACAGUGGAAGCAUUGGAUCCACGUUGUGCUGCUUGGUUCUAUAUUCCUAAUCCGCUAGCCAAUUCAAUUGGACAAUUGCGUAGCGCCAGUCUUACAUAUUGUCCAAAUGUAAAAGAUAAUUUAUUACUAGUCGGUGGUUAUAACGGCCAAGAAACCUUGGAUGCAACAUGGAUAUUCGACUCAGCCGCAUGGAAAUGGCGUUCUGGACCAAAUCUACUCUUUGCUCGAUCCAGUUGUGGUGCCACACUGACAUCUGAUCAAAGAUGCAAUUUGAUAUUCGGUGGUUAUAAUCCAACAAAAUCUUCAUGUGGAUUCUUAGAUACAAUUGAAGUGAUUUUUUAAUCGAUUUUCUUUUUCUUUUGACUUCAAUUUUCCUUUUUUCUUCUCACCAAUCUCCGCAUAUGUGUGUAUGUGCGCGAGCGCCCUCCUGAAUAUGAAUACCGGUUAUGUAAUUCCCUGCAUUGUUGUAUAACCCAAUUUGAUCAUCAUCAUCAUAACGAUCAUUUUUUCAUUUUGAUCUCAACCACAACAUUUGUUUCCUUUCAUCUGAUUAUUCAUUUAUUUUGUUUAUUUCAUUUAAAUAAAUCUAAUUUUGGAUAAUAUUUCAGAGAAAUUUGUUUUCUGGUGUUGUUGUUGGUGUUGUCUUCGCAUCAUUAGAGUGCUCUUGUGCGCGCUCGCUCGCUCAUCUUUCAAAUACACUGUGUUGUCAACUUUUUAUGCACAGGCUGUUUUUCUCCUCGUGUGUUAUACAUCCCUGCAAUACAAUGUAGGUAGUUGAUUGGUUAAACUUCUAUGUUUCAUAUCUGUACUUCUCCUUUUCCUUCGCCUCCUCAACCUCCUACUCCUAAUCCUACUUCUGCUAGAUACCUUUUCACCUCUAUCGGUUUUGUUUAUUCGUAGAACUACACACAUACACAUAUAUAACUUUAGUUUGCAUACAUGAUUUUAAUUAACCGUAUCUUCAUCAAUAUUAAGUAUUAUUGUUCUUAUUAUAUAACCCCCCCCAGUAUUCAUGUAUACCCUCUUGCCCCCACCACCCCGCUGCCGACCUAUCCUCCCUCCUCCUCCACAUAUAUAUAUGUACACAUUUGGGUUCUUUGGUUUCCUUGGAUGAUUUAACCUUCUGUUGUUUCUUUCUUUUUUUAUGUAAAAAAGUAUGCGUGUACACUUU